UAUUGGUUUGGUGCUUUUUUCCAGGGUUCUGCACCAUUGCCGAGUCUAAUUCUCGCCUGGUUCUUGGACAACUUUCAAGCUUUACACGCAACCGUAGCCACUUUUCUACGGUGAAUGAAGUCACAGCCAAGAUCUCAACCCAGAAGGAUUUGCCGGACUUCUGGUAGGGUUGUCACACUCGACCAGUCGAGCUUCAACAACGGGGAGGACGGGUAGGCCGACGAUGUCUGUGUCGACGUGGCACAGCAACUUCAAGCUCAAACGAAUCGAGUGACCUGACCUACUUUUUCCGAGCCACGUUCAUUCAAUUCAUCAGUUUGAGGCUUGCGACCGGCAAGGGUGCCACUUCAUUUGCUACAAGCGGACGAUUCAAUGGCUCAGCCCCUCGGUCGCUCUAGACCAUGCGCAUGCACGUUUAAGCUGGCUGGCUUGAUGAUGAGCCAAUCAUUUUCCACGGUGGCUCGCCAUACUUUAAAUGCGACAGAGGCCUCUUAACUUUAUUACAAUCUCGACGCGUAGCUAGAGCGACGCGCGUAACACUAGAUUCGGUUCCUCGUGCUACUGAAGAAACGCUGGGCCGAACUGUGGGCGAUGUCAACCAAGCGACCCCCCUGGAUAGGGCUGGAUAGGGACAUGAAGAUGGUCGGUUCGACUCUUUACAAAUUCCGUACCGCCUACCUAACCUGGGGUCCGAAAUUGCUGUUCACAGACUCGUUGCCCUGGAUUGAGACGCCUGUCUCCUGUUAGUUCGGGGUCGCCUUGGGCAGAUGGACUGUUCAAUCGCCUUGGGGAAAAAACAGGGCAAUGAAUGGAAUGCCAUUUAUAGAAAGAUUAGGGAUGCGCAGUGUGUUCCCUUGCCUCCCAUGGCCACAUUCCGGCAGUCUGGUUGGAAUGCUACUAGGGAUGCUAUCGCAACGGCAUUCCAGAGGCUUCGCUGGCAGGCAGGCAGGCAGGCAGGGCGUGUGGACAUAAUGACAAAACAAAGGGACUCUCCAGGACAAACGUUCGAGAUUUCAUGACCUGCUUGUUAACCAGUUCACAAUUCUAGUCCUUUGAGAACAGUAUUCUGCAUCAAUUGCCAUCUUUUCUAUCUUCGAAAGUGAUCAGUUAUACCAUAACAUUAUCGACGCAGAAACAAUUCGUAUAGCCAAUAGUCUCAGAAAAUCACCAUGUCACACGAUCAAGAGCACAACUCGGACCCUGAUGGUAGCCGAAGUGGCUACAUAUUGGGAAACGACUAUGCUCCACCCUACGUCUCGAAGUGGUCCCGAGAACUGUCCAAGGGCUUCGAGAAACAUCACGGCUUCACUGACCAUGUGCUGCGGCACAUGAACUGCAGCUACUUCUCUACUACGGGCCAGGCGCCGACAUUGUUGUCCCUGAAGCAGCAUGCCCAGUCUCUGGCACACGCCAUCGCACUUCUGAGCCCUUCCGCACAGGUGGCUGCCGGUGUAGUCAACGAGGGUGAUGCGAACGCCCAACCAGAGUCUUCUGAUGAGCAAAGCCAGCCACUUGCCCGGCACGAGGCCAUGGACUUCCUCGCCUCGCUGACCAAGCCGUACAGCAACAAUGACCCGGAUCACCACCGCCAGCUCAACAGCCUGCUCAACGAGGUCAGCAGCGGUCACGACAUCAUGGGCACCCAAUACCACUGCCCGAUGGCCGACUGCGAUGCUCCGAGGGACCCCGAGGACGGCAAUGGCCCGCAGGGUCGUGCUACACCCUACGCGAGCCACCACAACCUGCUCAUGCACGCCAACGCCUGCCUCGAGCGGCUCGACCACGAGCUGAGCGCACAGGGUGGCAUCCUCUCGGUCCUGCCGCAAACAGACGCACCCCAUGAGGCGGAGCAGCUGCGGGCGGCGCGCAACACGCUCCUAGGCCAGCUGCUGACCUUUGUCCAGGCGCUGGUGGGCCGCAUGCACGAGCUGGAGCUCCAGUAUGCCAACAUGGCUGACGCGCUGGCCGGCGCGGCGGUCAUACCGCGACAGCAGCUUUCGGCGGUUGGCGUGGACGGGCGCGCCGCCGGGGCGCCCAUCGCCUACCCACAGGACCGCUGGGUCCUGGCAAACGCGGGUGAUGAUGUGCUCAACUACGUUCAUGACCUUCUCGACAGGUGUGAGGCCAAGAUGGCGGAGAAGGAGUACGUCUGGGACAAGUCUGGUGCGAUGGGGACCAGAGUUUUGCAAGAUGAAGAACGUGAAUCCGACGACGACGGUCACGGUGAUGACGGCGAGACCAGCGGCCAGGACCGCAUGUUUGGGGGCAUCGUGCAUAUCGACAUCACCACUCGAUACUACCGGGCUCAGGGCCGUACGGAGGGUGGGAACGAUAAGGGCACCAUCUUCGUGGUGCCAGCCUGGAAGCAUCACCCGGCAAUGUAUCACACGGCUGAGGUGGAAGCACGCCCGACAGUGGUGACGGUGCCGGACCCUCACGUGCCGGAGCGCAUCAGCGUGCUGCAGGACAGGUAUGAGAAGCGUAUUACGGAGGGAGCCAAGGCAGCAGACGAGAACGUACGGCUGAGCCGGCUGUGCAAGACGCUCCAGAACGACGUUCAGUGUCUUACGGAGGAAGGGCGACGCGACAAGAAGAUGAAUGAGAUCAUGCAGAACAUGGUGGACAAGGACAACAGAGGAUUUUUGGAUGAAAUAUCCAAGCUUUCGGAGGAGUGCAGGGUCGCUAAGAAAAACAACGGCGAGGCAGCGACGCGCAUCUGGCAGGCCAACAAACAGUCGACUGAGGCAUACCUUAAACUUAAACGGGCGCAGAAGCAGAUCAAGGAUUUGACUACCGAGUUGGACAAAACCAAGUUUGAGUACAAUGCUCUGCGAAGAAAGCACCAAGGAGCUGCCUAAAAGCGAGAGAAUAUUUCGAACAUCUUUUUUGAUGUUCGCCUAUAUUUCUCCACUCGUAUUUCUUUUUGUUUGAAAUUUCAGCAACGUGGUGGUGGAUUUUGCAGUUUGGUUCGUUGUAGAUUGCUUGCUUGCUUUUCUGGCUGAGGGUCUUACUCAACUCUCGCUUCAGGGGUUAGUCAGGUCUGGGUCUGGAAGGUACGAAGUACUCGGUUAGAAAGAUGAGGGUGGGAGUGAGGUAAGGUGCGAUUCAUCACAUGCCGCCCCCAUCAGAUAGGCUACCUUCUUACCUUAGCCAAGGUAGGCAGCUCCAAGGUACUUGUACAAGCAAAAUUUGACUUGCAUUUGAUUUCGAAUUCCCUCAACACGUGGGUUGUUUUCAAAUGCAUCCUUCGCUUUUUUUUUUUUCUCUUUUCUUUUGGCCCUGGUGUGUCUCUUGGGUGCACACUAUCAAAUAGCGGCAGUAGCCCACUUGGACCAAAAUUGAAUUCAAGACGAUGUCACUUCAGUCAUACUUAGGGUGGAUUUGAUAGGCACCAUGACGGGCGACCAUAAAAUUGCAAGCGCGACCUGGGCGCAACAUCGGUCUGUCUCGGGGGCGACAUGUACGACCUAAAUGUCAGAUCCGCCUUGCCGCUUCCAAGGGGGCAUCACAUCAACAUGCUUGCAUGCGC